CCUCUCUUGAUCUUUCCCAGCACCCCCUUCGACCCAUCCACAAUCCAUCGCUCAAGAAAUAUGGCACCCGCCAUCGAAAUCGUUAGCUGGGUUGCAUCAGACGCAUACCUCCAAGACAAGAGUAUCGUAGAGGGCGGUGUCAAGUUCGUCUUGGGCGUCAAGGGCGUCCUUCAGGUAUGGAGCGGCUUACAGAUCGAAAAGUCUCGUCUCUUCAUGGUCACCGUCUGGGACUCCAUCGAGUCGCACAAAGCCCUCGAAGCCGACAAAGAACAGUACGGGAAAUCGUUAGGCCUGCUCGGUCCUACCAUGGCCGCGAACCCAGAAGUCGAGCUGUACCAUGCUGAGCUGGACGAGGACUACCCAGCGGCGUUCAACUCCCCCACGGUGGAGUUUGCGCUGAUCACGCCCACGGAAGAGGGCGCCACUGUGGAGACGUUCAAGACCCUCCUCGCGAAGCUGAAGGUCGAGGCGUAUAAAGACACGUGCACAGUAUUGGCUCUCAGCUGGGGCACCAUUGUCGAAAAGCCGCAGACAUUGUUGGGUGUGGUCGGUUGGAAAUCUAUAGAGGCGCAUCAUGAGGAGGUGAAGUCGGGGGGCUUCGCGGAUGUCGGCAAGCAAUUUGGUGCUAAAGGCAAGAUCGAGUUUGCACAUGUACACCUGGCCCCUGGGUCGAAGUGAAGAGGGAGUGCAAACACUUUUUGUAAAGGCAGUGUGUACGAGUGUCGUAACUUUGCGGCAAUACAAUGUUUUUUAUG